UGCUCCGAUCCGCGCCCCCUCCCCAGCUCCGUGUGCUCCCUCCUGCCACUGUCCUCUCUUACAGGGGUCUCUCUCUCCCCAGUGAAGUUUUCAGGACGAUAAGAGCUUCGGGAGUGUAAGGGGAAUACUUGCUAAGCUCUGCCUCCUCUAUUAUUUAUAUCCAAGCAUGAUUUAUGAGGAAUCAAAGAUGAACUUGGAGCAGGAGAGGCCUUUUGUCUGCAGUGCCCCAGGCUGCUCACAGCGUUUUCCUACAGAGGAUCACCUGAUGAUUCACAGGCACAAACACGAAAUGACUUUGAAGUUUCCUUCAAUAAAAACAGAUAAUAUGUUAUCAGAUCAGACUCCUACACCAACACGCUUUCUGAAGAACUGUGAGGAAGUAGGCCUCUUCAACGACAUCGAUUGCUCCCUAGAGCACGAGUUUAGGAAGGCACAAGAAGAAGAGAACAACAAAAGGAAUAUCUCCAUGCAUAACACAGUCGGAGGAGCAAUGGCAGGACCUGGAUCUCACCAGCUGACAAAUACCAGGAUGCCAAACCAUGACACCAGCGUUGUGAUUCAACAAGCCAUGCCUUCUCCACAGUCCAGUUCAGUCAUUACACAAGCACCUUCCACAAAUCGACAGAUUGGGCCUGUCCCAGGUUCUCUGUCUUCACUACUGCACCUACACAACCGACAAAGACAGCCUAUGCCUGCCUCGAUGCCUGGCACCCUGCCCAACCCUACCAUGCCUGGGUCUUCUGCUGUACUCAUGCCUAUGGAGCGACAAAUGUCAAUGAACUCCAACAUCAUGGGGAUGCAGGGGCCAAACCUCAAUAAUCCGUGUGCUUCACCUCAAGUCCCCCCAAUGCAUUCAGAAGCCAAAAUGAGGCUGAAGGCAGCCCUGACUCACCACCCUGGCGCCAUGUCGAACGGGAAUAUGAACACCAUGGGCCACAUGAUGGAAAUGAUGAGCUCGCGGCAGGACCAGGCGCCGCACCACCACAUGCACUCACACCCUCAUCAGCACCAGACGCUGCCACCCCAUCACUCGUACCCACAUCAGCACCAGCACCCAGCGCACCAUCCUCAUCCUCAGCCUCACCACCAGCAGAACCAUCCCCACCACCACUCUCACUCGCACCUUCACGCACACCCGGCGCACCACCAGACCUCGCCGCACCCGCCGCUGCACUCCGGCGGACAAGCACAGGUUUCACCGGCGGCGGCGCAGCAGAUGCAGCCCACGCAGACGAUACAGCCGCCACAGCCCACCGGAGGUCGCCGCAGGAGAGUGGUGGAUGAGGACCCGGAUGAGAGGAGGCGGAAAUUUCUGGAAAGGAACCGAGCUGCUGCCACGCGCUGCAGACAGAAGAGGAAGGUCUGGGUGAUGUCACUGGAAAAGAAAGCAGAAGAGCUCACCCAGACAAACAUGCAACUUCAGAAUGAAGUUUCCAUGCUGAAAAAUGAGGUAGCACAGCUGAAACAGUUAUUGUUAACACAUAAAGACUGUCCGAUAACAGCUAUGCAGAAAGAAUCGCAAGGAUAUCUAAGUCCUGAGAGCAGUCCUCCUGCAAGCCCGGUCCCAGCUUGCUCCCAGCAGCAAGUCAUCCAGCACAACACCAUCACAACCUCCUCCUCCGUCAGCGACGUCGUGGGAAGCUCCACUCUCACCCAGCUCGCCAGCCACAGAACAGACAUCAACCCCAUCCUUUAAAAGUGGUUGAUCAGAAACUGCUAGGGGAGUGUGGUAGCAUAUCAAAGCAUCCUCUGUGCUAAGGACUUUUGCAACCCUAACUCAAGCCUGGAAGAUUCCUCAGUUCUUGAAAGACUCUGGCUUUCAUUUUUAUAGUUAUUAAAAUGUCUUUUAUACUUAGUUACAUAAAGGGAGUUAUGCAAUUAAUAUGCUAUCAGCUUGAGAAAUGCUUUGGUGCUUUCUCCAGUUUUUUUGGUACCAGUUACUUGUUUAUAAACCUAACUAUUUCUGUACAUAGUCAUGUUUCCUUCCCACCAAUCUAGCCUGAAGCCUCAGAAAUAAGGAGUUGUGUUAAACUGCAGCUUGUUAACCAAUGUGAGGCAUGAAAAAUAUUAAACAGAGUAAUACAUAGGUAACUAGGAGUAAUUAGGCUAUAAAUAUAGAGAGAGGGCAUCUGCUGACAGCAUAAUAAAAAAUGAGUUAGCAUUGUGCUAUCAGCAGACUCCAUCUUGCAUGCAGAGCCUCUUUCAAAGCAGUUAUAUAGGAUGUGGCUAUCAGGACAAAAUCAAGCCCAAAUAAUGUGCUCUUUUGUCUAGCUGUACCACUUCUUCUCUCUCCCCUGCCCUGGCCUUUUUCUCCUCCACUUAUUCU